AUGUUGCAGUUCUCUGACCUCAGUGAUCUCGGGCAAGAUGGAACAGGACAAUCUUUUAUCUUUGAGAAUGUUGUUUUGUGGGAUUUCAAUAUUCUGCCAUCCCCACCUUCUCAAACAAUUCAACCUCGAGAUCCAGAUACUGUUAAUGAAGAGUUGGACAGUGUGCUGUCACCAAUAAAUUUACAAGGGCAAACUGGAUGUAACUGAUCUACAACCAAUAAAUUUACAAGGGCAAACUGGAUGUAACUGUGAUCUACAACCAAUAAAUUUACAAGGGCAAACUGGAUGUAACUGUGAUCUACAACCAAUAAAUUUACAAGGGCAAACUGGAUGUAACUGUGAUCUACAACCAAUAAAUUUACAAGGGCAAACUGUAUGUAACUGUGAUCUACAACCAAUAAAUUUACAAGGGCAAACUGGAUGUAACUGUGAUCUACAACCAAUAAAUUAUGUGUGCUUGGUGGAUAUUACUCCACAGUACAGCAUUGUUGAUUGUGAAAAGUGGACCAUGGGACAGAGAUGA